ACUCCUCAAGAAGUAUUUAUAGGUUCAGUUUCUGUUAAUGCUACAACUAAGUGGGACUCAUUAGACAAUGUUGUGAAAAGAACAUUCAAGGAUUAUCUCCUGCGGAUAGACCCUGUUUCCAACCUAGGUUUGUGUGCUGAAAGCAUUUUAAGCUACCACAUUGGUGAUGUGGUUCGAUCAAAAGAGGUGGAAGUUCCUGACUUAUUACCUUGUGGUUACUUAGUGGGAGAUAAUAUGCAAAUACAUAUCAUGCUGAAAGGUACAAAACAGAAUUCCAUAGAUGCUUUAGUUUUUGAAACUCUCAUUCCCAAGUCACUUGUUCAACGCUACAUAUCUUUGUUGUUAGAACAUAGAAGACUUAUUUUAUGUGGGUUGAGUGGAACUGGCAAGACUUAUCUUGCACAGAAACUAGCUGAAUUUCUUGCCUUCAGGAGUGGUAAAGAUGUAAAAGGUGGUGCUAUAGCAACCUUCAGUGUGGAUCACAAGUCAGCCAAAGAACUUCGACAAUACUUGUCCAUUAUAGCUGAACAAUGUGAGAGCAGGAAUAGUUCAGACCUUCCAACUGUGAUAAUCCUGGAUAAUCUCCACCUUGUUGGCUCACUCAGUGAAGUUUUUAAUGGUUUUUUAAGUGCCAAGUAUCAGAAUAGUCCGUUUAUCAUAGGUACAAUGAACCAGGUUACCUGCUCAGCUACAAACCUCCAGCUACACCACAAUUUCAGAUGGGUCUUGUAUGCCAAUCACAUGGAACCUGUGAAUGGGUUUCUAGGAAGGUUUUUACGUAGACAACAAGUUGAAGUAGAGAUAAAUAGUGGAGUACAAAAUCCAGAACUUAUCAAAAUCCUUGACUGGAUCCCUACAGUGUGGAAUCAUCUCAACAAGUUCCUGGAAACUCACAGUUCUUCUGAUGUUACUAUUGGUCCAAGAUUGUUUUUGUCUUGUCCAUUAGAUGUUUCUAGCUCCCAAGUAUGGUUUACAGACCUAUGGAAUUACAGCAUUAUUCCUUACCUCAUGGAAGCUGUAAAAGAAGGAUUACAGCUUUAUGGUCAUAGAGCACCUUGGAAAGAUCCAACCGAAUGGGUUCAAAAAUCAUACCCAUGGUCAGCAGUGAGUGGGCCACACUGUUCCCAGCUGGUGAAUCUUCGUCCUGAAGAUGUCUGCUAUGAAGGUCACCCAAAACGUAAUAUAGGACCAAAAAGUGUACCUACCUCUCAAAGUGAAGUAGAACCUGAUCCCUUAUUGAACAUGCUUAUAAGACUUCAGGAGGCAGCAAGCUAUCCCAGCCCACAAAAUGACAGUCAACACAGCAGUGGACUUCAUACAGAGGACUUAGAAUCCACCCUAUGAUACCAAGGGGAACUUCAAAUUUCAAGGGAAUAUAAACGUAUUGCUUCAUAUACCUCUCAUAACAUCCAAGUCAAUAAUAGUCUUUCUCACUGGCUUUUUUCAAAGUAUAUAUUUCUUUUCAGAACUUUGAACAUAUUGAUAAAUGUAACUUGUUAAAGAUCUAUAAACAUUUAACAUGUUGGAAGGAAUGAGGUAGUAAUAUUGAAGAAUGGUGCAUGUUGGAAGACAAGGGUCAAAGAUCUAUAAACAUGUAGUACAUUGAAAAACAAAAGGUUUUUCUUAGGAGACUGAUCAUUCAUUUACACAUGUUUCAACAUUUAACUCAAUAUUGAUUUACUUUGUGGUGCUGUUUCACAGUUUUUGAAAUUGCCCACAACAUUUAAAAUUUGUCUUCAAAAUUUCCAACAUAAUUCAGACAGCCGACUUUUAAUGAGACAGAAGUUCACUAUAUUUGAAGCUUGUUAUGUAGUUUCUUAGUUGGUUAAUUAAAUCUCAAAGUGUUACAAAUGAUAUUUUCUGGAAAGAAGGAACUUCUCCUUGUAAAGAUGAUUCAGAGCCAAUCUAAAUUGUUUGCAAAAUAGAUUGCUAACUGAUUUAUUACUAUAAAACAUUUUAUCUUUGUGAAUGUUGUUUCAAUAAAAUGCAUAAUAUUAACUGUUAUAGUUAACAAUAGUUACAAUAUAUAAAUUAGUUAAUAAUCUAAAAAAAAACUACCUGAAGAUAUCAUCUCUUAUUAUAAUGUGCUAUAUCUUGUUAACAUUACACACCCAAAGUUUAUAAGAAAGUACUUGAUAUAUACUCUUUGAAGCUUUUUCAUAUUGUAAAACAGUGUUAUUGACAAGAGUAUAUUACAAUUGUUUUAUCUAUGUGUUUAUCUGCUAAAUAUAAUUUGCAAGUGUAUAUGAUUAUGUCUUUUGAUGAUACACUGCAAUGAAUCAUUUGAAAAGAUAGAUUUAGGUUUCCUUGUACUGUUUAAACAGUAAGUUUAACCUAGAAUGUCACCUAUUAAGAAAACAAGGUGACAUAUGAUACCAGUAUUUUAGUGUAUAAAUUGUUUAGGAAUAGCAAAUCCACAAGUAUUUUGUUAUUACAUUUGUAAUUAUGCUAAAAAGAGAAGCUUACUGUAUCAUAAUAUUAAUAUGCAAGCAGUAUUAAGUCCUGAUUCAUUGAAUUUAAAAAAAAAGUUGCUUUACUUAAAAUGUAAGUUUCUUUACUUAAAUACUGCUUAAACUGUUACAACUAAACUAUUUAGAAAUAUCAGACAAUUGUUAGAAGUAUCAAAGGAUGCAAGUAAGUCUCACAAAAAAAAUAAGCUUGUUAGUAUAUACAUAAUCAGUGUAUUUUGGCUUUUACAAAAUGCUUCAACUGGUUGUGAUUUUUUAUCAUGUGCUUAUCAAGCAUGUGCUGGGUGAUUUAAUUUACCCAUUUGCACAAUGUAUUAAGUGCACAUCAUCGGACCUCUCUUUUCUUUCAUCAAAUAUUUCCUACUUUUACAGAUAGCACUUGAAAAUUAAAUGAUUUUUUUCCAUUUUAUUCUAAUAAUGGUUACAAGAACACCUAUAGAUUACAUGAAGAUUUACGCAAUGUAACAAAGCACUAAGGAUAGAUAGCAAGUAAAGCUACCACUACGUAGUAAAUAUACAUAACACAGUAUAUACAUACACAUCGAGAAUUUAUAAGAAAAUAUUCUUUCACUUAUCAUUUGAUAUUUCUUUUCAAAUAGUAUUUUUAUUUUAAAAUUAAAAAACAAAAUUGUAAAAUAUGUGGAGAUUUAAAUCUAGAUAUUACAAAAGUACUAAAAAUGCAUUACCUUUCAUUCUGGUUUCAUUUAAAUUUUAACUUUUCAGAUCAGAAAACAUUAAAUUUCAACUGAUUUGAGGAGACAAAGGAAAACUAAUCUUGCAGGAAGCUUGUGUUGUUUUCAUGAGCUAUUGUUAAUGUUUCAUACACUUGAACUAAAAAAUAAUCAAUGACCUGUUAGUCAUUAAGGAAAAUAUAUUAUAACAUGGUUAUUGAAAAAGGAAUGUUUAACAUUUCCAACAUGAAGCUGUUUACCAAAGCAUAAUCUUACUUCACAUUCGGUAUUAUUGCAGUGAAAAAUACUACUUCAAAGAAAAAUUUUAAUCAACAUUUAAUCGAGUUGUGACUCUGUAGAUAUUGCAUUUGUUAGUUGAUCAAGUUAGAUAUACCAAAUCAGAUAAGUCAAGCCAAAGAAAUGGUGUCAUAUCUAACUAUUCUUCUGAUACUUGUAUAGAAGUUUGUUUUCCACAGAUUUAUUUCAAAUCACAGAUUAUAUCACAUUACUACAAAGAUUUAAACAAAGGGUCAUUUCACCUAAGGUAUAUGAUUCUAUAGAAGUGUCCACAGAUUUGUUAUAUUGUUACAUUUGUGUCAGAUGUAAAUAAAUUAAAGUAUUUUGUAAAUAAAGCUGUUAUUAAAAUUA